ACUACUUCAUGCUUCACUCUGUCAGAACAGCAACAAUCACUCUUGAGUCCUGAACCUCGAGAGCCCCUCCAGCUUUCUUUUGCGGAGCGGACUUCUUAACCAUCAAUCCUCCGUUCUUCCUACAAGACAUUCGAGAUGGCCCCCACUACGUUGAAAGUCAGCAAUCGCUCUCCAAAGAAGCCAAUCAAGAAGCUGCCCAGCAGUAUCGAGAUCACGGACAAGACAACCGUCCAAGAUGUCAAGAAUCAGCUCGCAAAACAGAUGGGUGGGAUGGAUCCCAACCGGUUGGGAAUUUUCGAUACGAAGAACAAGAUCUUGAAGGACAGGUUAUCCCUCGUCAGCCAGAACCAAGAAGUUAUGGCCGGAAAAGAGAUCUUGGUCAAAGACCUAGGCCUCCAGAUCUCUUGGCUCACUGUCUUCAUCAUCGAAUACGCCGGACCCAUCUUCAUCCACCUGUCCUUCCUCCUUACACGACGCUACAUCUACCACGACUAUAGCCCGCUCUCUCCCUCCCAGAAGCUCUCUAUGGCGAUGAUCGUCCUCCACUUCAUCAAACGCGAAUACGAAACCUUGUUUGUCCACAAGUUCUCCCUCACAACGAUGCCCUUCCGCAAUAUCUUCAAAAACUCGGCGCACUACUGGAUUUUCAGCGGUAUCAACAUGGCUUACUGGAUCUACUCUCCUAACUCCUACGCUGCGAGAACAUCUUCGACGGUCAAUUAUGUAGACGCCGCCGGGCUGGUCAUUUACGUUUUCGGCGAGCUUUCGAACCUACACACCCAUCUGACGCUCUCAAGGUUACGUUCCCGCAAUGGCACCGAGCGAGGCAUCCCCAAAGGCUACGGAUUCAACUUGGUUACAUGCCCGAAUUACUUGUUUGAGUUGAUCGCCUGGACGGGGAUGUUGUUGGUCUCCAAGAGUCUGAGCACGGUAAUUUUCAUCAUCCUGGGGUGGGCACAAAUGCAUCAGUGGGCUAUCAAGAAGGAGAAGGCAUAUCGUGCGGAGUUCCCAGAAACGUACAAGAAGAAGAAGUAUGUCCUGCUUCCAAGCCCGGGCGCGGUGAUCAAGGCUUUGGUCGGAUGA